AUGGCCACGCCGACGAGGGCGCUCGUCGUUGUGGAAGAUUAUGCGGAAAUCUUGUGCCUUAUAAUUAUCGCUGAGAUGGCGGCAGUCGAGGCGCAGAAAAUGGCGGACCUGGCAGGGCCAGGGAUCGGCAACUACGGCGACGUGGCAAACAUCCUGCCCGCCAAUUACUCGUCCCUUCUGACACCCAAGGAGACGCAGAUCGCCAUUUUCGAGAUGAAGAAGUACAUCGAGGCAAAUCUGUGCAAGGAAUUGAACCUCAUCAUGACGCAAGUGCCCCUCAUCGUGGACACCACCAGCGGGGUGAACGACCUCUUGGAUCGCGACGGCUCCCGGACGCCCAUCGGGUUCCACAUCAAGAAUGACCACGGUCAGAAUCCCAUAGAUGCCGAGGUGGUCCAGGCGGCCACCAAGUGGAAGAGGCAUGCACUGAAGCAGUACGGCAUGGGUGCGGGUGAAGGCAUAGUGACAGACAUGAAGGCUGUGAGGAAGGAUUAUUUUCUGGACCACGAUCACUCGGCAUACGUGGACCAGUGGGACUGGGAGCUGGUCAUGACGCCAGAGCAGAGGAACUUGGCGUUCCUGAAGGAAGUGGUGCAAAAGAUUUGGAAGGUGCUCAAAGGCGCAGAGCGCCACGUGCAGGAGAUGUUCCCCCAGCUGGCGGACCCCAAGUACCCCAACCUCCCCGAGGAGCUGAAGUUCAUCCACGCCGAGGAGAUCCUGGAAAAGUACCCGGACCUGCCGCGUAAGGAGCGCGAGACGCGCAUCGCCCGCGAGUAUGGCGCUGUCUUCAUCAUCGGCAUCGGCUGGACCCUCAAGGACGGCCACCCCCAUGAGAUGCGGGCCGCCGACUACGACGACUGGGUGACGGAGACGGAGGCGAACGGCAUCAAGCUGCACGGCCUGAACGGCGACAUACUCGUGUGGAACUCCGUCACGGGCCGGCGGCACGAGCUGUCGUCCAUGGGCAUCCGGGUGAACGCGGAGACGCUGGUGAAGCAGCUGGAGAUGACGGGGCAGACGGAUUUCCUUCGCCAGCCGUAUCAUCAGGGAAUUGUGACGGGCGACCUUCCUCUCAGCGUGGGAGGGGGCAUCGGCCAGUCGCGAACGUACAUGUUGCUGCUGAAGAAGGCGCACAUCGGCGAGGUCAGCGUCACCGUGUGGCCGAAGGUCUUGAAGGACAUGUGCAAGGAAAGGAACAUUCAUGUGCUCGAGUAA